UUUUGAUACGAAUGUUUCCGUUGUUCAUCGCAACACCAUCAAAUCACACUUUGAUGGUUCGCAAGUUCCUAUCUAGUUGUUUGUUGAGAAGAGCAUCGUCGAUGUUAUCAUUGGCGAUAUGCUUUUUCAGGAUGGCGAUAGUAAUGAGGAGCUCACGAAAGAACCCGCUCUCAGUAUUUUUGAGGACGUUCUUGAUCCUUCGGAAGUCAAUUGCGAUGGCUGUGAUGAUGCAGCCGAUGUAUCUACUGCGAGAUAUCGCAUUCACUUGAAGAACCUUGCCCAGUUUUAUCUCAUUUCUGACUACCUCAGCGUAGGAGCGUCAUUUAGAAUGGUUUCACGAAUCCUGGCGAUGACCAAGGAGAGCACUAGCUUGGCAUCACUGGUAUCUGUGUCUGAAGGAAAGGUGGAUGCCUUCGCUCGAUAUGUGUGUGCGCUCAACCUUCAAUCGUUGAAGGAUCUGCUGGCUCGUGUCUGGACAUUUUUUGUGGCGAUGGAUAUGUCCAUCCAUAUGGCCACUUCAUAUCUCAACAUUCGCAUUCGCUUGCAUAGGAAAAGCAGCAUUCUGAACUUCCACUUGCUCGCAAUUCCGAUGUUUUCUCGACACACGGGUGAACAGAUUUUCCUACAUGCUGCGAAGGCUUUGGAUGUGCUCGCCCUUUCUUGGAAGAAGCUGAUUCUUUCAAUCUCUACAGAUGGCGAGCGCAAGAUGACAGGAAGUCUGGACAUCCAGCUGGACAUCAAGCUGCAAUGCUUUUUCGCGUCUUUGAUGUAUGAGCAGUUUUAUUCCAGUCUCACUUCGUUGAUCUCGUACUUACGCAGGCAACAGAAUCUUAUUAAUGAUAUGAAGAUCAAGGCACCUACCGUUUCAAAUAUUCGAUGGGAGUCAAUGGGCAAAGUGGCUAUCUGCGUAUCUCCUUCUGUGGCACCAUCUCCGUUGUGGUGGAUUGUUCUUAUGUUUAUAGAGAAGAUCUCGGCUGAAGCGACGAUUACUUUUCGCAGCCUCGAAGGACUUACGACGAUAGUGUCAAAGCAGCGUGAAGGUCUGCAACGUUUGCAUGAUGUUUACAUACGCUUGUUCAAGGCGUCUCAGCCACUAUCUGUGGAAGACACAAAUGCUGUUGAUCAUGGAAUUUCAGUCCUUUCCGAAGAUUACCGGUAUUCGCUGCAACUUUCUGAUGUCACAGAAGUGCUGGAGGACCUUGGCCUAUUCGUCGCGGGCAAGAUUGAAGGAACUAAUCUUGCUGUCUGCAAAGUGAACCUUAUUGCGGGCGUGAUUUCUAUCGUCGCCGAGCGUGACUCGUCAAACAAGGCUGCCGCGGAAAUGCCCCAUGUGCUUCCUCACCAGCUGGUCAUGCUUCGAGGCCGAGAGUUGAGUGACAUUUUGAAAAUUCAAACCCCUCGCUUGCGGACGACUUGCUCGAUUACCGAAAUCGAUAUCAUUGAGCAGGAGUUCGCACAACUGCAGUCGGCUUAUCAUCGCGAGAGCUCUUUCAAAGCUAUGCUGGAUGCGUGUGCUUUUCCCGGCACCUCAACUGUGGAAAGCGAUUUCUCGAUUGUGAAGUGGGAGAAGGAUGUUGGCAGAGCCUCAUUGACAGACUUCUCUUUGGAAGUAAUCCUACAUGCCAAGCAGUUCAAUCAGAUGCGGUCCAUUAACGUCCAAUAAAAUUGAGGGACGUCAGCUUUCAGCUUCUGAGAAAUCGGCAAAUGAUUUAAGAUCUCGAUCGGUCAAUUUGUAUGAUUUUGUGUGA